AUGGCGACCCAUCAUAGAGCUGCGACAGUGGUUCGCAAUGCUACAGGCUUUACCUUUGAUAUACAGUCAAUUCCUCUCCCCAAGCCUCAGCCAUGGGAAAUCCUCAUCAAGCUCUCCGCCACCGGCGUAUGCGGUACUGAUAUGGCCCUCGCAGCUGGGUAUCUAGGUCCCUGCCGUGACAUCCUUGGCCACGAAGGCGUAGGCCGCGUUGAACAAAUUGGAGAUGGCGUAGACCCGAGUACCAUCAAAGUUGGUGACCGUGUGGGAAUUGCUUGGGUUCGGGAUGUCUGUGGUCGAUGUUCCUGCUGUCUUGAACCAGGCGGCGAAGUCCGCUGCUUAGAGCAGCAGAACUCGGGACGGAAGUGGGAUGGAACAUUCGCUGAGUACUGUCUUGUGCCUGGACGGUAUGUUUUGGCUAUUCCGGAUGAUCCUGUGUUGCCGGAUGAGCUUGUUGCGCCGAUUCUGUGCGGUGGUGUUACGGCGUAUAAGGCGUUGAAAGCUUGUGAGGCCACGCCUGGAUCUUGGGUUGCUAUAGUCGGAGCGGGCGGUGGUGUAGGUGGUUUAGGUAUCCAAUACGCCAAAGCAAUGGGCUAUCGAGUCGCAGCAAUCGACGUCGGCGCCGCAAAGGAGUCCUGCUUAGCAAUGGGAGCCGAUGCCUACUUCGACGGCUCAAAUCCUGACACACCAGCGAAGUUCAAGAAACUGACUCCCAACGAGGACGGAGCAAAGGCCGUCAUCGUUACAGCAGGAUCAGGAAGGGCAUACCAGAGCGCUCUUGAUCUAGUCGCCGCGUUCGGCACUUUAGUCUGCGUUGGCAUACCGCCGCCUGAUCAAGCGAUGAACCUGCAUCCUUUGAAGCUCAUUGAUAGGGGGAUUAAGCUCUUGGGAACGUUGGUUGGUACGAGGACUGAGACGAUGGAGGCGCUAGAGUUUGUUCGGAGGGGGGUUGUGAAGCAUGUUGUGCAAUCUGUUAGCUUUGAUGAGAUGGAUGAUCUGGGCAAGAAAUUUGCUACUACCUCUGGAAAGCUGGUGAUUCGGUUCGAAUGA